AUGUUAUUUACUUUGAAGAACAUUCAAUAAUUUUAGAGUGUCUUUACAUUCUAAUAGUAUCUAUCAUUUAUUGGAGCAGAGUUUGAUUAAAAUACCAUAUUUUAUUAAACAACAUUAAUAUGUUCAGAUAAUAUUCCAUUAAAAAAAUUCCCAAUAAUAAACCCUUCUAAUUUUUUAUACUAAGUAUAUUUAAUAUGAUUUUUAGAAACUCUUUGAAGACAAAAAAAAGGAUGAAAACAAAUAUAUUCAAUAUUCUAAUAGUGAAAACAAUUUUUAAAAUAAAAAAUAUUUUUUAGUUAGUCAAAAGUUAAUACUUUCUGAUGAAAUGGAAACCUUUUAUAAAAUAAUAGGUGAACAAAAUAUUGACUUCAUUUUAUAAAAUUUUAAAGUAAGAUAAUUAUUUUAUUAGAUAUUAAUCAAAGAAGACAUAAAUAAAGAGACUUAUAUUUAAAUAUGGGGAGAACCAAUUAUGAAAAAUACUAUAAAAUAAAAAUCAAAUAAUUAAGAAAAGAUUUGUAGGUAAUAAAUUCUUUAUUGCAAUCAUAUGUCAAGACAAGUAGGACUAUUUAAAAAAAGUAUUACAUUAACUAUUAUAUAUAUAGAUUUCAUAAGUUAGGCCAAAAAAGAGAUAAUUAUGAGGAACUUUAUCCCAAAAGAAUAAAUAUCAUUAGAUAUGAUAUCUAUGAAAGCCACAUCAAAUAUUUUUGAUUAAUAUUAUUUUGAGGGAAAAUUUAAAGAAUAAGAAAAAUAGUAAUUGAGAAUUUUAACCUAAAAAUUGAUUAACAACAUGUAAAAAUUCAAUUUUCCCUAAGCUUUCAAGAUAUUUGUUCCUCUACCUCCUAAUUAUUAAAAUUUAAAAAAAGAUGUCUAACAAUCUAUAAAAUAAAAGCAAUUUUAUAUUCCUAAUCUAUAUGACAAUAUUUAUAAGAACUUUUUAAGUUAUGAUUAAGUAAUUUCAACUUUGAGAAACUUUCUUCGAACCAUUAUACCUAUAGACUUUUUAGGAUAAUAAAACUUAUAUACUUUUCUAAAUGAUUUAUAACAAUUUAUUACAUUAUUGAGAUUUGAAGACUAAAAUUAUUCAGAUUAUAUUAAUAGAUUUAAUGUUUUUUAAAUUCCAUGGAUGAAUACAUAUUUUUCAAAAAAGAAAUAGAAAAUUUUAAUUUUCAAAAAAAGAUAAUAACUAUUCCCUAUAUUUAGAUUUUUAUUCUAAUAAAUUAUAAUACCUUUUCUAAGACAUAAUUUUUAUAUUACUGAAAGAAUGAAGGAUGACUGGAAAUUAUUUUAUUAUAGAAAAGAAAUUUGGAAUUUGAUACUUAAAUUAUCAUUAAAUCAAUUAUCUUCCAAUAACUUAAAAUAAAUAUCUCCUUAAAAAAUUACAACCCAAUAUAUUGGUAAAUUAAGAAUUGUACCUAAACCAGGUACAUUUAGACCAAUAGUUACUUACAAUAGAAAAUCAAGAAGUAAAAUUAUAUUUCAAAAUAGUUUCUAAAUUAUCACUUAAUAAAAAACUAUUAGAUAUUAAGUAUGUAUUAAGAAAUUUAAGAAGCCAAUAACUAGGUUUCUCAGUAUUUGGAAAUCCUUAAAUAUUUAAUAGAUUAGAGGAAUUCAAAAAACUAUGGAUCAAGUAUUAAUUUCCAUAAACCUAUUUUAUGUCUAUGGAUAUUCAUAAAUGCUAUGAUUCUAUCUAACUUGAAUUUUUACUUAAAUUUAUUCAAGAAAGUAACUUAAUUUAAAGUGCCUAUAUCAUUAAUAAAUAUUAUUUAAUUAUAAGAAAUAAUCGGUAAAUCAAAGGAUCUAAAUAAAUGAGAGAUCUAUUUAAUAUUUUUGAUAGAACUUGUGCCAUUCCAAUUAACAAUCCUUAAUGUCUUCAAAAAGGAUACAUAGAAUAUAUUUAAUAAAAUAAAUUAGCUAUUAUAGCAAAUCUAGGAAUAUAAACAACUGUUACAUUUAGUGAAUUCUUAAUAAGUAUUAAGGAAUUAUGUCAGAAUAAUAUUGUUCAAUUUGAAGAUAGAUAUUUUAUAUAGACUCUAGGAAUUCCUUAAGGAUUAAAUAUAUCUGGAAUUUUAUGUUCUUUUUACAUAGCCAAUAUAGAAAAAAACUUGACUCGAAAACUAAUAGGAGAUACAUUGAUUAUGAGAUUAACUGAUGAUUAUUGUUGUUUAACCUUUGAUAAACAAAAUUUAGUAAUUUAAUUUUUUAUUUAGAUUAACAUUAAAAAUAAUUUUAAAGAAGUUGAAAAGUUGUAUAGCAUCCAUUUGAAUGAUGAUAAAACUUAACAUAAUAUAGAUCAAAAGGUAGUCACUUUUAAAUGGAUUGGAAAAAUAAUUAAUUUAGAAAAAUUAACCAUAAAACCUGCUUUUGCAUAAGAAAAGGACAGUAGUAAGUAAUAAAUCUAUUUAUAGAAUUUUCAAAUUAAAUCAAUGUCAAUCUACCAUCCAGACUUAAUUCCUAUUUUUUUAAGGCAAAGUUGAAAUCCCUUAUGCUUAAUUAAUUUAAAUUUUUUUUUAAUCCUAAAAUAAAUGACUAACCCACAUUGAUUAAAAUAGCAAAAACAUUUAUACAUGCUGGAUUGAUUAAAUUAGUAAACUUUAUGGAGAAAGCCAAAUUAUUUAAGUUAUCUAAAUAAAAGAAUAAAAAAUUUGAUUUUUUAAGUAAAAUCAUUUUUUAAUAUAGAAAUAAUCAAAUAAGUACAAAUAGAAAUUGCAAAUUAUUGCUUUUAAUAAGUUUAAGAGAGAGGAUCAGAAUUAGAUCAGAAUUACAUUUUGAGAAUAAUAAAAAAGUAAUUAUAAAAAACAAUAAAAAAUCACAAAAAAUUGAAAAUGAUUAUUAAUUAUAAAAAUUUAUGAAUCAAUAAUUUUAUAACUUCCUCAAUAUACCAAUUACUCACAAUCCAAGACCUGAAUUAGUAAGAGUGAGAUUGGCAAAAUAAUUUAUUGUUGCUUAAGUAUUGCAUAUUUUUAAUACAUGGAAAUCAAUUCAUAAUGAUGAAUCCAUUACUUUUGGAUUGAUUGGAUGUGGACAAGUUGGAAAGUUGAUAAUUAAUUCUAUAAUUCCAUAUGCUAUUAAAUACUAUGAUUUAAAACCUUAAGAUGUUCAUAUAUCAACAAGAAGGUAUAUUAAUUACAUUAUAAGAUAGGCCUGAACAAAUUCAUUAUUAUGUUACAAAAGGUUAUUAGGUAUACUUUGAUAAUGAUAAAUUAUUAUAAUAAUGCAAUUUUGUAGUAAUAGCUAUUCCACCAAUGAUUGAUAAUUGGAAUAUUUUGGAAUUAUAAAUUAGAAAUCCAAAGACAUAUAUAAUAUCAUUGCUCUCUACUUUAAAAUUACCUCGAUUGAAAUAAUUACUAAAAUUAGAUAAUUAGCUAUAUCAUACUUAAAUUUCAUCAUAACAAUUAGAUUAAGCAGUUUUGAGCUACAUAGAAUUAAUAGAGUAAAUAAAGCCAGGAGUAUUUCAAACUCAAAUUUAAGAAGACAUAGUCAAAUUAAUAACUGAACAAAGUCAUAAUCAUUUUAUUGAUGGAGAGAAUAGGAUAAAACUUUUUUUAGAAUCAUUUGGUAUUUAAUUAACAGAUAAUUAAUACUAAAAAAUUUUUGGAAGAAAUAAAUAAGAGUUUGAAACACAAAUAGAGAAAUUAUUCAAAAUGAGUUUCACUAAAUCUAUGCUAUAAUUUUAAAACUUUAUUCAAAAAUGA